CUCCUUGGCCAUCCUCGCCGAAUCUGAAUUUUCGAAUGAAUUGCAACAUUAGAUUUAUGAGUGGCAGAUACGUUUACUUCUCUGCAAUCGGGGUCGUGCGCCUAUAGCGUAACGUGAAGUGUGAGGGUUAAACUUAGACUAGGUCGCGACAAACCAAAAUGCGCUUUCUUUCGAAGAAAUCCACCACUGUAUUCAAAUGUUCUCGCAGUGAUGAAGUGCUUCUCUCUGUGCUUAGUCUCCUUUUGGGUUCUCCUUCCUCUCUGUUUGCUAAGUGUGUCAUCCCAAAAUAUACCUGAGAGUGGCCAACAGCGAGCUAGCCUCCCACCAAGAGGUUGGAAUUCUUAUGAUUCCUUUUGCUGGACAGUUUCUGAAGAUGAAUUCUUAGAAAGUGCUGAAAUAGUUUCUGAACGUCUCAAGGCUCAUGGAUAUGAGUUUGUGGUGGUGGAUUACCUCUGGUAUAGGAAGAAAGUCAAAGGUGCCUAUCCCGAUUCUCUCGGAUUUGACGUGAUUGAUGAAUGGGGAAGGAUGGUCCCAGACCCAGGAAGGUGGCCUUCUUCCACAGGUGGAAAGGGUUUCAAGGAAAUAGCUAAUAAAGUACAUAGUUUGGGUUUGAAGUUUGGGAUUCAUGUUAUGAGAGGGAUAAGCACUCAAGCUGUCAAUGCAAACACACCUAUCUUAGAUACAACAAAGGGAAGUGCAUAUCAAGAAUCUGGUCGAGUUUGGCGUGCAAAAGACAUAGCAAUCCCAGAAAAGGCUUGUGCAUGGAUGCCUAAUGGUUUCAUGAGUGUAAAUACAAAGUUAGCAGCUGGGAGAGCUUUUUUGAAAUCCCUGUAUGAGCAGUAUGCCUCAUGGGGUGUUGAUCUAGUGAAACAUGACUGUGUGUUUGGCGAUGACUUGGAAUUAAAUGAAAUAAGCUAUGUGUCAGAGGUUCUCAGUGAGCUUAAUCGGCCUAUUGUGUAUUCUCUGUCUCCUGGAACCAGUGUGACACCAGCGAUGGCCAAGAGUGUCAGUGGACUAGUCAACAUGUAUCGAAUAACAGGAGAUGACUGGGAUUAUUGGGAUGAUGUCCGGGCUCAUUUUGACGUAACAAGGGAUUUUUCUGCAGCUAAUAUGAUAGGAGGAAAAGGUCUAAAGGGAAAUUCCUGGCCUGAUUUGGACAUGCUACCAUUUGGAUGGCUAACUGAUCAAGGUUCAAAUAAUGGUCCACACAGGUUUAGUAGGCUCAAUCUAGAGGAAAAAAGGACACAGAUGACUUUGUGGUCUUUGGCGAAGUCUCCCCUUAUGUAUGGAGGGGAUAUGCGGAAGAUCGAUGCCAUCACAUACGAACUUAUAACAAACCCUACCCUGCUAGAGAUUAAUUUCUUUAGCUCAAAUAAUAUGGAGUUUCCUUAUAUCACAAGCUCAAACAACUUGAAGCACGCUCGAGGGAAAAAGCAAAGACCGAAGCAAGGAACAGAGACAUCAUCGUACACACAUUCAUUAGGUUUGACUGGCUGUAGCGAAUCAAAGGCGAGUGGUUGGUCUGUUGAAAGUCAUAACCAUAACCAAGAUCUUGAAACAAUCUGCUGGAAAAAGGAUGCAGAAAACCAGCACCAAGCUCCAUUCUGCGUAAACAAGAGAGAACUUCAACUCAGAUUAGAUGGUGGGAGUAUGCAUCACCAGGAUUACCGAGGGAAACACCAACUGGUUGCUACUGACAGCAUGAAAUUUUGCUUAGACGCUUCUCCAAAACGAAAGGUUACAUCUAAAGAGUUCAAGAGAGGAACAUUUUCUCCAUGCAGAUGGGAUUCUAAUCAGAUCUGGGAACUGCACUCCAAUGGGACCAUGGUAAAUAGUUACUCGGGUCUUUGUGCAACAGUCAAGUUUGUUGAAGCUGAGGUUAAUAAUGCUGGUGGGAUUCGUUCUUGGAUUGCAACAGGAAGAAAAGGGGAAAUCUAUCUUGCUUUCUUCAAUCUAAGCAAUGAGAAAACGGAGAUAUAUGCGAAGACAUCAUAUCUGGGGAAGAUUCUUCCUGACAGAAGAAUCGAAUCAUGCAAGGGGACGGAAGUGUGGAGUGGAAAGAACGUAAUCACAACACAGGGGACGAUAUCAAUGGACGUGGAAAUUCAUGGUUGUGCACUAUUUGUUCUAAACUGCAACUAGUCCUUCUUCCAAUUGUUUAAAAACAGAAAAACAAAACAGCACCGCAUUGUUCAGUCUUUUUCCCACUCUAUUUAGUUCUUGUUUCUCUGGUUGAAGUUAGAUUAAAGUUUGUGAUAGACAAACUCUUAAACAACACUUUUUGAUUCUUUUUCUGGAAGCAAAUUUUCUCUUUGUAACAAUACUCAACUUUAGUAAAUGAAAACAGCAUUUUAUGUGUUUAAGAACAUUUUGCUGGA